AUGCACAUCCCUCUGUCAGGACCAUCUUCUGCUUUCCCCAGAAUUCUUGGUCAUGAAGCAGCUGGGGUGGUGGAAAGUGUAGGGGAAAAUGUAGAGGAAGUGAAAACAGGGGACAUAGUGGUGCCAGUAUUUAAAAGGAACUGUGGAGAAUGCAGAGAUUGCAAGUCUCAAAAAGGGAAUGGUUGCUCUAAAUUUUCAGUUGAAUAUCGUUGUGGGAUGCCAAAGGAUGGAAGCAGCAGAUUCAAAGAUAAAAAUGGAGAAAAUUUGUACCAUACAUUAUGGGUUUCCAGCUUUACUGAGUAUACUGUUGUCGAUGUAACACAUGUAGUGAAGAUGACCCCUGAUUUCCCCAUUGAUAAGGCUUCUUUACUUUCUUGUGGGGUUUCUACAGGACUGGGAGCGGCAUGGAAGAUUGCACAAGUUGAACAAGGUUCAACUGUGGCAAUAUUUGGUCUUGGAGCUGUGGGACUAGCGGUUGCCGAAGGAGCAAGGUUACGUGGAGCUUCAAAAAUUAUAGGUGUUGAUUUAAAUCCUGAAAAGUUUGAAAUUGGGAAGAAGUUUGGACUAACAGAUUUUAUCAACCCUACAACUUGUGGUGAGAAAUCGACUAGCCAGGUAAUAAAAGAGCUGACUGAUAAUGGAGCUGACUAUUGCUUUGAGUGUAUUGGAUUGACCGCCUUAAUGCAAGAUGCUUUUACCAGUUCUCGCAAGGAUACUGGAAAAACUAUAUUACUUGGGAUUGAGAUGCAUGGUGCACCAUUAAGCAUUAGCCCUCUUGAGCUGGUGUUGGCUGGAAAAACCAUCACAGGAUCCAUGUUUGGAGGUGUCAAAGCUAAAGUUGACAUUCCCAUCUUUGCUAAUCAAUAUUUGAAUAAUGAAUUGAACUUGGAUGGAUUCAUCACGCAUGAAGUGAACUUUGAGGAUAUUAACAAAGCAUUUGACUUACUUGAAGCAAGGAAAUCACUGCGUUGUAUAAUUUGGAUGGACAAAUGA